AUGGCUGACAGCAUCCCAUUAAACCCGGUGCGGAAGAACUCGAAAAAAAUCCCGUAUCGGAAAUCAGCAAGAGUUUCAAGAUACUCUCUAGAAGAUGAGCCCUCUAACUUGGAUGAGAUGCCCUUAAUGAUGUCGGAGGAAGGCUUCGAGAAUGACGAGAGUGACUACCAGACCCUUCCUCGAGCCAGGGUCAACCAGAGACAGAGAGGCCUUGGCUGGUUUAUUUUAGGGGGCUGGAAAGUCCUCUGUGGCAGCUGCUGUGAUUGCCUCACCCGUACGUGUCGUAGGAAGAAGGAGCUGAAGGCCAGGACAGUGUGGCUUGGCUGUCCUGAGAAAUGCGAAGAGAAAUACCCCAAGAAUGCCAUCAAAAACCAGAAGUACAACUUCUUCACCUUUGUGCCUGGGGUUCUCUACCAGCAGUUCAAGUUCUUCCUCAACCUCUACUUUCUAGUGGUGGCCUGUUCCCAGUUUGUGCCAUCGCUGAAAAUUGGCUAUUUGUACACGUACUGGGCUCCUCUGGGUUUUGUAUUAGCUGUCACCAUGAUACGAGAGUUGGUAGACGAGGUCCGACGCUACCAGCGGGACAAAGAGAUGAACUCCCAACUCUACAGCAAGCUCACCGUGCGUGGUAAAACUCAAGUGAAGAGUUCUGACAUACAAGUUGGAGAUUUGAUCAUUGUUGAGAAGAACCAGAGGAUACCUGCAGACAUGAUCUUCCUGAGAACGUCAGAGAAAAAUGGUGCAUGUUUCAUCAGAACAGAUCAGCUGGACGGAGAAACAGACUGGAAACUGAAAGUUGCUGUCGGCUGUACACAGAGACUACCAGCACUAGGGGACCUUUUCUCCAUCAGCGCUUAUGUCUACGCCCAGAAGCCUCAGCUGGACAUCCACAGCUUUGAGGGAAACUUCACCAGGGAAGACACUGACCCCCAGAUCCACGAAAGCCUAAGUAUUGAGAACACCCUGUGGGCCAGCACAGUUGUUGCAUCUGGCACGGUGAUAGGGGUGGUGAUCUACACAGGCAAAGAGACCAGAAGUGUAUUGAACACAUCCUAUGCCAAGAACAAGGUCGGCCUACUUGACCUAGAGCUGAACCGCCUCACCAAGGCCCUUUUCUUGGCCCAGGUGGUUCUGUCUGUUGUCAUGGUGGCACUGCAAGGGUUUGUGGGACCUUGGUUCCGCAACCUGUUCAGAUUUGUCGUUCUGUUCUCUUACAUCAUCCCCAUCAGUCUGCGUGUCAACUUGGAUAUGGGAAAGUCAGCCUAUGGCUGGAUGAUCACGAAAGAUGAAAACAUCCCCGGAACCGUUGUCCGAACAAGCACCAUCCCUGAAGAACUUGGGCGCCUGGUCUAUCUACUGACAGACAAAACUGGCACUCUGACACAGAACGAGAUGAUAUUUAAGCGACUACACCUGGGGACUGUGUCUUAUGGAACUGACACCAUGGACGAGAUUCAGAACCACAUAGUCCAGUCAUACGCACAGGUGAUCUCCCAGCCAUCCAACGCCAGUAGCAGCAUCUCCACUCCAUCCCGGAAGCCCCAGCCAGCAGCUCCAAAAGUCCGCAAGAGUGUCAGCAGCCGUAUCCAUGAGGCCGUGAAGGCCAUCGCUCUGUGCCACAAUGUAACCCCUGUCUAUGAGUCGCGUGCUGGCGUCAACGGGGAGACGGAGUCCGCUGAGGCUGACCAGGACUUCAGUGAUGACAACCGCACAUACCAGGCCUCCAGCCCUGAUGAGGUUGCACUUGUGCGAUGGACAGAGAGCGUUGGUCUGACCCUGGUGAACAGAGACCUGAAUUCCCUGCAGCUGAAGACUCCGUCAGGACAGAUCCUCACCUACUACAUCCUCCAGAUCUUCCCCUUCACCUCCGAGAGCAAGAGGAUGGGCAUCAUUGUGAGGGAGGAGUCAACAGGCGAUAUCACAUUUUACAUGAAAGGGGCUGAUGUUGCGAUGGCGAGCAUCGUCCAGUAUAAUGACUGGUUAGAGGAAGAGUGCGGUAACAUGGCCAGGGAGGGCCUUAGGACCCUUGUGGUGGCCAAGAAGUCUCUCACUGAGGAACAGUAUCAAGACUUUGAGAACCGCUACAACCAGGCCAAACUGAGUAUUCAUGACCGGGCCUUGAAGGUUGCAGCGGUGGUGGAGAGCCUGGAGAGAGAGAUGGAGCUACUGUGUCUGACCGGGGUUGAGGACCAGCUCCAGGCUGACGUCAGGCCCACGCUGGAGCUACUCAGGAAUGCUGGCAUUAAGAUAUGGAUGCUAACGGGAGACAAGCUCGAGACGGCCACAUGCAUUGCCAAAAGCUCUCACUUGGUCUCCAGAAACCAAGACAUCCACGUCUUCAAGCCGGUCUCGAACAGAGGAGAGGCCCAUCUGGAGCUCAACGCCUUCAGAAGGAAACACGACUGCGCCCUGGUCAUCUCUGGAGACUCCUUAGAGGUAUGCUUGCGGUAUUAUGAGCAUGAGUUUGUGGAGCUAGCAUGCCAGUGUCCAGCAGUGGUCUGCUGUCGUUGCUCCCCUACUCAGAAAGCCCAGAUUGUCAAGCUCCUUCAGCAGCACACAGACAACAGAACUUGUGCCAUAGGUGAUGGGGGAAAUGAUGUCAGUAUGAUCCAGGCCGCAGACUGUGGUAUUGGCAUAGAAGGAAAGGAGGGGAAGCAGGCGUCCCUGGCUGCAGACUUCUCCAUCACUCAGUUUAAGCACAUUGGGCGGCUGUUGAUGGUUCAUGGCAGAAACAGCUACAAGCGUUCAGCAGCGCUGGGCCAGUUCGUCAUGCACAGAGGCAUGAUCAUCUCCACCAUGCAGGCCGUCUUCUCCUCCAUUUUCUACUUUGCUUCAGUUCCUUUGUACCAGGGUUUUCUAAUGGUUGGGUAUGCCACCAUCUACACCAUGUUCCCUGUGUUCUCCUUGGUGCUGGACCAGGAUGUGAAACCAGAAAUGGCUCUGCUGUAUCCGGAGCUCUAUAAAGACCUCACCAAGGGGCGAUCGUUAUCUUUCAAAACUUUCCUUAUUUGGGUGUUAAUCAGUGUGUAUCAAGGUGGUAUUCUGAUGUACGGCGCGCUGCUGCUGUUUGAGUCAGAGUUUGUGCACGUGGUGGCCAUCUCCUUCACGGCGCUCAUCCUGACCGAGCUGCUUAUGGUGGCGCUCACCAUCCGCACCUGGCACUGGCUCAUGGUGUUGGCCGAGUUCUUCAGCCUGGGCUGCUACGUGGCCUCGCUCGCCUUCCUCAAUGAAUACUUCGACUUGUCUUUCAUCACGACCAAGGCCUUUCUUUGGAAGGUGUCGGCCAUCACCCUGGUCAGCUGUCUUCCUCUGUACAUCGUCAAGUACCUGAAGCGCAAGUUCUCCCCGCCCAGCUACUCCAAACUGUCCUCAUGAGCAAAAAACCAAAACGCCUCGGAUGGUUUCCUUUUGGUUUUGUACUCCAUCCUCUCUGACCUUUCUUUUUUGCACUUUUUUAAACUCGCUGAUCCCCAAUGAAGGAUGGGGGGGGGCUGUAUAGAUCGAGGGACCACUAGAACUAUUAUCGGAAGAGGAGAAAAGAAGAAAAAAAAGUAUUUAUGUUACUGGGACUUGCAAUUACUUGAAAAAGACGUGAAAGCACAUAAUGAAAACUUAACAGAAGGUGGAUUUUUUUGGAGCAAAAAAGAAAAAAAAAAGAGUGAAUUCUACAACUGACUCGCUGCACUGAGGCAGUUGCAGACGAGCGGCCCCAUUGCACUGGAACAGUCCUAGGACGACUUGCCUUCUGUUUUAUUGCAUUUCAAUCAAUCAGUUUCAAAUGUCAUUUUAUACAACUUCAGUACAUAACUUUCCGCUUUUCAAUUUUUCUAUAUGGCGUUACGGAUUUUUAAAGGUGUUGUUUUUUUAUUAUCAUCGGUAAUCAAAGUUGCUCUGUGUCUCUGUGUAAUGUUGAGAUGCUCUACUGCUCCAUGUUUUUAUUCCAUUGCACUGUAGUAUAAAAGCCUUGGUGCAGCUUUUUGCUACCACUAGUAUCGUAAACCUCACUGCAUUUAACUACUCACCUUGUACACACGUACAUUAACCAAAUAUGAAAACAUUUACGGCGGUUGCAUUCGAAACAAGCAAAUUGUAAUGGCUUUGGGAAUCAUACCCGUGGCGGGCUUCAGUUGUACCUCUCUGCAUUCGCUGCUUAACGUCCUCUACAUUUUCAAGACGGUGAAAGGCGUAUCGUUCUGAAUAGUUCCUCGUGGUUUUAAACUUGCACUUCACCGUUUGCGAGUUAAAGGGAAUUUUUGUUAUUUCCAUGUGAUGUUUGGAGGUUGGUCCUUAGCAAACCUAACAUGUGCAAGGGCUGAGAGCAUUUUAAACCCCGAUGGGAGCUGAGAUCUGCUACGCAAGCAUCAGUUCAUAAUCUGGGCAAAAACCAGCAGCAUUUAACUAUUAAACAUUAUAAUUAUUACCUGUUGUCAUUGAUUUGACUUAGGCAUAGCAUAACUGGGUUGCCGCUAUGAUCCCAUCCAUUUAACGUUGACAAUUAGCACUACUUUUUUUUUCUUUAUUCGUAAUGUCAGUGUGGCCGCUGCCAGAGCAUUUCCCGUGUCAGCAGUUCUCUGAGACACGGUAGACUGAAGACCUCCGAGCAUCACAUACCAAUAAUAAGAAUUAACCUCCUUAAGGUUGAUUAAGACAAUUGCAUUGGCAAUGUAUUGCACCUUGAUUAUCAUUAUCUGCAUAGCUAUCCAUUUGAGAUGUCUGUCAGUGGCUGCCAGUCCUCGUUUCAGAAGGCGGCCGCCCACCGAGUGCCUCAUUAUAACGUUAUCGUCUCAAAACCGCCUCUCCCAGCUCUGCAUGUCGGAUCAAGCAGUCAGAGUUGUGUUUUGUUUUGGGGGGUUUUUUGGGGGGGGGGGUGUUUUUUUCUUCUAUCGACAGCACAGACAGAUCUCCGCCUCUGUGGGCUUGACCGUGUGACACACAUCCUGCGGUGGUAAACGCUCUUUUCAGACAAUUUUCUGACAACAGAUCCAUCUGAAAAGCCUCUGCACAACGUGCUGUCAAGCUCUGAAGGCUGUGUGUGAUUCGGGGCCUAUUUGUUUGACAACCGGUAAUGGUGUGACCCUCACUGGGCCUCCGUGUGGUGUCGGGGCCUGUUGUGGACAUCGCUAUCUGGCUGUUGCCAAGGGAGGAAUCCGUUUUCAUGAUUCGCUCCACGGAAAAGAUGAGUGUCAAGCCUGAGCGCGUCCUGCAGCUCGAUGCUGAAAGUUGUUCUACUGGACAUGAUGGAGAAAAUGUGGUAACGUGAGCUCUUUUUCUACGUGCGUGCACACAGUGCAGGAAUUAGUGUGUUUAGUCAUUUGAUUGCUUUGUUUGUUUGAAUUUAAAUCUUUCUUGAGUUAAACAUGGGCUGAUCACUCAGAUGCAACUGCAUUUAAAUGGGGUUCAAAUGCGGCGAUGUUAUUGUGUAACAUAGCCUCACUACCCAAAAGAGACAAUAGAGGAUGACGUUUUCUAGAAGGAUUUAGUUCAAAUACAAGUGUGGCUAAAUGACAUUCAGGCAAAAAUUGCAUUUACUGUUAAGAAUGUUUGAUUUUCAUUGAACCCUUCCCACUUAUUCCUCUGUUUUCUUUUGUUUUGUUUUCUGUGUGUAUGAUGUUGUGUAAACAUUCCCGUGUUGUGAACGCGCCUUUGCCGUGUCUUACACUGAGAUUUCUAACAUUAUGAAAGGUAUUUAUAGUAUUGUUAUUGAUUAAUGAGCAAUAAAGAAUAGUAAU